AAUUAUGGUUUGCAAUUUUGUUUAUUGUUUUGUUCUUUAUUGAUAUUUAAAUAUUUUUGUUUUACUUAAAAUAUAUCAUCACAUUAUCAAAGAUCCCGGUGACUUAUAUUUGGAUCAGUAGUUGACAGAUUAACGAAUAUAUAGUACGUGAACAAAUCUAUAGAAAAAUGCCUCGCACCAAGAUAUCAGCACGUCGUCAGGAGCAGCGCCAGAAGGCUGAACGUGAAGAGAAGGUGCGCCUGGCCCAAAUUAGGAUGGAUUCCGCUCUGGAGCAGAUCGAUGAGUUGGCCAAGCGCUACAAGCAAGAGGUGGACAACCAAAUUAAGCUGAUACGCGGUAGGACUGACAAGCAGCUGCUCCAGAUGAAAUGGUCGGAUUUCGCGACAUUGAAGAUUAAGACCUUCGCUGAGCAUCAGUGGGCAGUUCCCAAGCCACCCACAACUCGUAGCCUAUCCAUCUGUCGCGCUCGUACCCGGACUCCACAGAAUUCGCAGUUCUCACAGUUUUCGCGACUCCAGACGCAGUCGGCCGACAGGGCACUUAGAGGCGAUACCAUGAGCUUUGUGCGAUGGCCCCGGGCCGGGGAGCAGGUCCUCUCGAAGGCCGGAAGUCCCCUGGCCGUCCAGACGCAGCCGGAUCGCUGUGCCGACGUGCACAUUCCAACCAAAAAUGGUGUGAUCACCGUCAAACCUCACAAGAUUAAUUCCGUGAAGCGGGAAGUGCUGAUGCAGCUGGAUGAAAACACCCUCAACCAAGUGAAGACGCUGAACGCCAAUCUCGGACUGAUCGUGGAUAUGGCCACAAAGAUGGCUAAACUCAAACCCUAAACACUUCCCAUAGAAACAACGUGACCAAGAAUGUUACGCUUAUUUCAUUAAUAUUUUAUUUAGUCUUUUUCAUUUUCUCAUUUUCAAUGUUUUUGUUCAGUUGUUAAACAUUAAGUGAACGUGUCUGUUGUUCUUGUUGCUGUUGCUGCAGUUAGCUUGCUUCUUGUU